GGCCCCUGCAAGCAGCCCCCAGCGGCCAGCCGCGAGUACCCAGCAGCACAGCAGCAGGCCAAAACGCAACACCCUGGGGCGGAUGAAAUGGCGGAACAAUAGAAGGAGCUAGAAAAAUUGUUCGUUCGUGCUCCGACCCGCGCUAUUCAUGAGUAACCUUCCAGCUGCCCCUCGUCAAGCAUCGGUGGCACCAGCAACAGAGCUGGAGCCAGAGAGCGUUGCGCCGGAAUCCAGCCCCGCCAUCGUGAGUUUUGGUACAUGCACCGCUCCUGGCCAAGACGGGACCGCUGCCUCUUCUGUUGCUGGCGAUGAUACUGCCGCUGCCAGCGUGCCAGUUCCUGAAUCUGGGGCUCAACCAUUGGACCAAGACGGAGCUUCUGUCCGCAGCUCCACUUCACCGUCAUCUCUGCCAUCGCGUUCGCAUUGCAGGCACCCAAGUUGCCGGCUCAAGGCUACAUUCGGCGUUCAGACCGCCAGCAGAAUGAUGGCAGAAUUUUGCUCGAAGCACAGAACGGAUGAAAUGGCAAACUUAGAUCGGAAAACGUGCGCCCAUCCAACUUGCAACAAACGGCGUCCUACGUACGGCGUAGAGGGUUCCUACACGGCAACACAUUGCGCGGAGCAUGGUGAACCUGCAGGACUAGUGAACGUCAAGUCCAAAAAGUGCCGUCAUUCAGGUUGCACCACCCUGGCUCGCUUCGGUUAUGAAAGGACCCGCACGAGAGUGUUUUGUGCGAAACACGCACCAGACGGGAUGGUCGACCUCAGGAGCAAGAGGUGCGCUCAUCCGGGUUGCACCAAGCAGCCAACGUAUGGCUUCAAGGGCAGCAAAACUGCGCGAUUCUGCGCGCCUCACGGUAUGGAUGGCAUGGUGAACCUGCGGGCCAGCAAGUGCCGCCACCCAGGUUGCGACAAGUUUCCGUCGUAUGUCCUGGAGGGAUCCAAGCAGAGAAUUUUCUGCGUGCAUCACGCGAAAGCGGGCAUGACCAGGUUCCUACACAAGCGAUGUGGUCACCCAGGUUGUGGGAAGGCGGCGUCGCACGGCGUGGGGGGUUCUAGCACGGCAUCAUUUUGUGCGGAGCAUGCGCCGGCAGGGCUAGUGAACGUUUUGACCAAAAAGUGUCGUCAAUCAGGUUGCAACACCGCGGCUCGCUUCGGCGAUGAUGGGACCCGCACGAGAGAGUUUUGUUCCAAACACGCACUAGACGGAAUGGUAGACGUCAUAAGCAAGAGGUGCGCUCACCCGGGCUGCAUCAAGCAGCCAGCGUAUGGCGUCAAGGGCAGCAAAACUCCGCAAUUCUGCGCGUCCCACGGUAAGGAUGGCAUGGUGAACGUUCGGUCCAGUAGAUGCCGCCACCCAGGUUGCAACACGGUUCCGUCGUACGGCCUGGAGGGGUCCAGGAAGAGAAUUUUCUGUGUGGUUCACGCGACAGCGAACACGUUCAGCCUAUUCGCCAAGCGAUGUAAUCACCCAGAUUGUGGGAAGGCGGCGUCGCACGGCUCGGAGGGAUCCCAGAAGUACAUGUUUUGUGCGCAACAUGCGCCGGCAGGCCUAGUAAACCUAAGGGCCAAGAAAAUGUGCCGUCACGUAGGCGGCAGCAUGGCUGCGUCGUGCGGCAUGGAAGGCAGCAAGCAGGCAGAUUUUGGCUCGAAGCGUUACAAGAACGGAUUGGCGGCCACCUUCGCUGGCACCAAGAAGAGACAGACACGUACUCGACGCUCCAUUCGGAAGGAGAUGGUACCUGAUGUGGGCAACAGGAAAAGGUGUACCAGCCGAGGGUGCACCGGAGUGCCAACCCACGGUUUCCGGUUGAGCACCAGCGAAACGGCAAGGUUUUGUGCGAAACACGCCUCCAAUGAGAUGGUCGACCUCACUGAAACGGUAGGCCGCUACCGCAAACGCACCAAGGGCCACAAGAAAAAGCCCUUACCGCCAGCAUCACCAGUAGAGGUAGAAGGGGGUGGUGUGAAGAGAGAAUGGGACGACGCUGGGACACCUGCGACUUCCGUACGCAGUAGCAGUGCGAUGGGAAGAGGCGGCAUGGCAGGUUCAUGUCCCGGGGACGUAUUUAGAGCUACCGCGGUGGAACCCUUCACGGGGCUCGGGCAGAAGCGAAGGAAGGUGCUAACCGGUGCUGCUGCCUUUGGCCAAAUUACUGGGUAGGACUCGGACGGAUGAACCUCGCAGGGCCUGUCGAGCAAAAGCGUGUGUGUUCAGCACCAUCUGUGUAUUGCUGCUGUGUAGUUUUGGCGAGGAGAGGAAUCAGUGCAUGCGGUCACGCCCAACAGUGGUCUGAGAUGUUGGUCGUACGCGUUGCUUUGAACGACUAAUGCUUAACGAGCUGUCAAUCCGCUUUUUGUUUUUGGCAAGACUGCUUGACGCGGAGCACAUAUCUCACACAGAGAGAAAGGUAAACUCGCGCUUGUCAGGGGUGUGCCUGUAUUUCGAGCUCGUUUUCUUGCAGCAGGCUGAUGCCGUCCGUGGCAGCAUGUACUCUACAGAUGGUCGGCGGUACUCUUGCUUGUCGUUCGCGGGAGCCACGAACAGCAGGUAGGCGUUAGAUGGGUGGUUCUCCAGGUAGGUUCGGGCUUCGCCCCCAGCUACCCCUCGCAAGCUUCCAAUUGGGACAGGAUUGGGGACACCUCGAGAGCACGGAGGUUGUUAAUGUUGAUACGCAGGUUCCCAAAGGACAAAUCUCGCCAGGUGAAAAUGGAGACGGCGAAUGUGUCCAAUCGGGAAGGAGGAGAUGGGGCUAAACGGUCAGGGUGGCCCUUGUCAAACAAAUGGUGAGGAUUUUGAUUUUUGAUUCCGGGUUGGCUUUACGUGGCCCAGAUGGGGAAUCAAUUAUAGAAAUUCAACCCGGAAGACGCGAACAAGGCCCGAAAAUGCCUGUUGCGAUGAUCCAAACCAUGACCCGCGAGAGCGACACAACACUCAAGAUAGCGAACAAUAGCUCCAAGCAACGGCCAUGAUCAGGCGGGCUGGAGGAUGUUGGUCUCGCAUCGAUGCGCUCCAACCCAGCGAGCAAUGUGUGAUUGAAUGCUCCGGGCUGAUGUAGGACGCCGGAAAAGCUACCGUUAACUUGCGUUGACAAAAGAAAGAAUUUCACGGCGAUGACUCUCUCAGUUCAGAGCGUAUCUCGCUCAAAGAAAGUACACCGUGCUCUGCUGGAUGUCAGCUGUCUGUGAAGGUACUGAUUGCAUCGCCAAGUAUCGAAAUGAAGGCAAGUACGAUGUUUUUGAGGUUCGGAUAAGCAACUUCAUGCUCGGUCGGCAUUUGAUAUUUCGAUGUUGGAGUCUGUUCGGGCUCAUUUUUGAUUUUUCCGCGUCGAUAGAUUGUCACCACACAACCCCCCACCUCCAAAAUCCGGCGGCGGAACAUUGGCACUCGGUCCAGUUUUGAAUUUGGAUUUUGAUUUCGGUCCGAAAACUUGUCUGACAUGGAUAGCCCUCACCGCACAAGCCGCGUCUGCGUCCUUUAAAGUUGGUGUUGUCGUUGCCCAGUGCUCUCCAAGGGCAAGCUUGCAUGCUACGAGUAACGGGCGACACACCCUUUAGGUGAGGAAUAAUUUACGAGGAUAGGGGCAGCCACUCCGACCGAGGACAGUUGCCGCGUGUGUUUGGUUCUUCAACCAAGGAGGGUUGGGUUAGGUGUAGUAUUACGUCGUUUCUAGGCGUGUCGCGUUUUUAGUAUAAGCGGACAGGGCCGCUCGCGUGGCUGGGCCAUGUAGGCCAACAACAGCAGCUUUUUUGUCUGCAGCCGAGUGACGCGUGCACCUCAGUACCGUUGGGCACAAGGACUACGAAAGGUCAAUUUGAGACGUCCAAUUGCUGUUCGUGUGCCCGUGAGCGAAUAUGUUGGGAGCUUGCAUGAGAACACACCCAAAAUUACAGCAAGAGUGGAGCCCCAGAUUCUGGCGAUGGCCUUCACUACAAGGAUACUGCACUCGGGCACCUUUCGACUGCGCUACCCGUACACCUUUAUUCUUUAUUUUUCGCAAAACCCAGUGAUGAAAUCCCUUCAUACCGCUAAUGAACCACAAGAGAAAAAGCGCGGGUUGUCCCUUCAAGAAAAAAAAAAUGGCACCAGAAACCAUCCCGUGCACGUGAUAUUCUGCCACAUGCACACAAUCCCGGUAUACGCUCCGUCAUCUCGUUCCUUUUUUUCUCAGCUGCAUCUGCUCUCCCCAGCUGAAGUCUUUUGUCGAAUUGGAUAUGUACGUAUACUUCCUCUGUAUCAUAAGUUAGGGUACCUAAAUGCAAUAGAUUGUCUGGGUGCAACCGUGUUAGUGAUGGUAGCAUAGUCGGGUUUGUAAGAAAGAUAAAACAAAGAAGAAGCGAUAGAAAAAAUAAAAUAAAAAAACGAACAUCUAUCAACAGACUUGCGGGGAAAAUGGGAACGUACCCAAAAAUGAGAAUGGGCGUUUGUUUUUAGAGAGAAAACCACGCCUUUCUUUGCAACCCCCCCCCAAAAAGUUGACAGUGCUGUAGGUCUUUACAGCAGCUUUCGAAUGACGAGCUGUUGCUCAAGCUGUAUGUCCUCGGCAUCGCCGAUGUAGCCAGCAUCGCGAGAAAUCAGGUCGAAACCAGCACGAAUCGCUUUUUGCGCCCGUGAG